AUGAGCUUGACAUUUGCCACAAAGGGGAUCACAGUCAAUGGCCGACCCUCGCGAAUCCUGCUGCAGAAUGAGAAUGGGCCGUGCGCCCUCAUAGCUUUAUCCAAUGUGCUCCUCCUCUCUCCGAACUAUGCAGAGACUACAUCGCAGCUGCGCAAUCUGGCGCAGGCGCCAACUGUGACGCUGCGGGACCUGGUCGCGGUGCUGGCAGACAUCGCGAUGCAGCUGGGCGGCGACUCGCACCGCGACAUGGACCGGAUGCUAGAGCUGUUGCCCAAGCUACAGACAGGGCUGCUUAUCGACCCGGCGUUCAAUGGCACUUUCCGAGAAGGCGACGAGAUGGCACUCUUUCGCAUGUUCCAGGUGGGCCUGGUGCACACGUGGCUCAUGGACGUGUCGCAGGCGCCACAGGACUACAGCCGGCUGUCGCAGUGCUCGUACGAGGAGGCCCAGCGGCUACUCGUUGAGGCCUACGAUAUCCAGCAGGGGUCCGUGGCCUCGGAGAAGGCCGACCAGCUGCUGCAGGACGCCCACAUCCUGCGCUCGUUCCUCUCGCGCAGUGCGACUCAGAUGACUUCCUACGGCCUGCAGCACCUCAAGCGCGUGCUGCCCGAGGGCGCCUACGCGGUGCUAUUUCGCAACGACCAUUUCGCGACCAUCUGCAAGCAGGAGGGCGAGCUUUUCAUCCUCGUCACCGACCUGGGUUACCAGUACCGCCAUGACAUCGUCUGGCAGUCGCUUUCCUACCCCGACGGCUCCGAAGACACCUUCUACACCGGCGAUUUUGUGCCCACCCGGCUGGAGGACGACUCCUCCCUCUUCCCCGACACGGCUGCAGGCGAGGACCCGUUCGCCGACAAGAAUGCCACCUUCAGUGCCCCAUCGCUUCCGCCAGACUCGGCAUUUUUGACCGACGAGGAGCUCGCUCGACACCUGCAACAGGAGGAGGACGGCCUCUACGUCCGCUCGCUCCAGCGCCAGCAGGAAAGAUCCCAUCGCCGCCCUGCGCCGGACCCUCCUGCGCGCAACGCAUCUCGCGCGAGUCGCACCAAAACUAAGUCCAAGAACACAAAGCGCAAGAUAUGUAUAAUUAUGUAG